GAUAUGAUUACAAGUUAUCGUUAGAGUUAUCGAAGGCACACCGCACACUUUUGGUUUCUUAUUUGUGAAAGAUUACCAUUACAAAUAACUAAAACAAUAUGUCUCUGCUGGCGCAGAGUAUGCGUCAAGUGCUCCGUCACACAACGCAACGUGCAACGUUAAAUGGUGCAAUGCGUGCGUUGAGCAUAAAUCAAAAAUUGCAGCAGCAAAACAAACCCGCCACAAUUGAUGUGGCUGCCAUUGCCAAGGAGCAUCAGCAGGAGUGUCAAACGGUGUGCGAGAGAAUUAACCAACAAGUGGCCAAAUCGGAGCAGGGUCGUCUAUUUGCCGUUGUCCAUUUGUGCGGCAAGCAGUUCAAAGUUACACCCGGCGACAUAAUCCUAGUCGAGGGCUAUUGGCCCCCAACGACUGGCGACGAAAUUAGCCUGGACAAAGUUCUGCUAGCGGGUGCACGGGACUUCACCCUGAUUGGCCGCCCCAUGCUGGAUGCAGGCCUAGUUAUGGUGAAGGCCACGAUUAUCGAGAAGACUUUGACGCACACAAAGACACACUUCAAGAAGAAGCGCAGGAAACAAUAUAUGCGCAUCAAUUUCCAGCGCUCCCCAAACACAAUGAUCCGCAUCAAUUCCAUUGAGCUCACACGACCAUUGGAUGGCAUGGCGGAGGCAGAAGCAGAGCACUCGAUACGAUUGUUCUAGAGUUAUUGGCCUUAUAAAUCUUAUUAAUUUAAAAUACAUGUGUUUAAUUAUGCAUAAAA